AUGCUCGCACGAGAAGGUCCGUUAGCAGCAUUGACGCGUGCAGCGGGGCUAACCACCGACACGUUCGAGUCACCAGCGCCGCUUGUGAUCAUCUAUGGUGGCGCUUCUACUGGCAAGAGCAUGGCAGUGGCCCAAACGUUAAGGACCCAUCCGUCGCCGUCUAUCCUCGUGGACUGCACGGCGUUCUAUUCAGCCAAAGAAUUGUACCGAGAAGCGUUGGCACAAUUGUACGAUGGAUCGUCGAUGCAAAAAAACUGUACGAUGGACGAGAUUAAAAUUGAAAACGAGGCUCCAAGUACUGCUGGUCAAUCGAACGACGAGGUUCAAAACGAGGAACAGUUUAGCUCGUUAAAUUUCUUGGGGUUUUUUAAAACGCUGGACAAGUUGAUGCUGCUCAAUGCAACAAAACGACAAAGCAGACGAGACGCUAAUCGUGGAAACGUGUUAUAUUUCGCACUGGAUCAUGUGGACAAAUUGCUGGAUCGAGGACUUGGGGCGCUGCUCACGUGUGUGUGCACGAUAAAUGACCAGAUCGCGUACUUGAACAUGUUUGAGGAUGCUCCGCCGUGGGAAGUCUGUGUGCUGCUGCUGACGCGAGGCAUGUCGCUGGACUUUGAUCGACUCGUGAUGCCGUUUUAUCCAGCUUAUGUGCACUUCCCGCCGUACAAACCAGGGCAGCUGGCGGAUAUUUUGGUUCAGCAGUUGGGUAUGAAGGAGGCACACGACAUGUUCCAUACUUGGCUCGUGUACCUGCACGGACUGCUGCCUCCUGCACCGGACGGAGAUUGGCUUGAAUUUCGUGCGGCAGUCGUGCAUUUGCUACCACAGUUUCGCGACUUGUUCACACUGCCUGUACAAGGUUGUCAAGCUUCUAGGAUGAAGACCAAAAUCGAGCGUGACACGAAAACCGUCGUGCAAGCGUUCCUCCGGACGCGGCGAAGAGAUCUCUUUGGCUACCACAAGGUGUCAGGGGGUGGCGUCGGGGAUUUAUCCGAGCUGAUUUCAUGCACCAACCUGAGUCGAAACUGUCUCCUGCUCGUGCUAGCAGGCUACUUGGCCUCGUUCAAUCCUCAAGAAACAGAUGUGCGCUUCCUCUCGUCUUCCGGUGGAAUGCGUCGGAAAAAGCGUGCUAAGAAGAUUCCUGACGGUAACUUAACUGUGUCAACAGUUACCACUAGCAACAAAAAGCAGCACAUCAGUCAAUUGCUCAUUGGUCCUCGGAUCUUCACGCUGCAACGGCUUCUAGCCAUUUAUCUCAGCCUUCGCGUGGAAGCCGAGGCUGGAAAUACUCUCUUCUACGACGAAUUGUGCUCCCCUGAAACACGCGAGGAGGUGUUCGCGCACCUCGCGACUCUUGUGCGAAUGCAGCUGUUCCAGCGAACCACGCCACCGCACGUACUGGACAACAUCAAGUUUCGCUGCCUCGCUGAUGCCCGUUUUGUGCAAGAAACCGCACGAUAUUUGUCUUUUCCUCUAGACGCCUAUCUAAACCGGGCUACAUGA